AUGGAGACUCCCAUCAAUUCAAUUAACUCGCAAUUUGAAGCUUUGGUUCAAACGCAAUCUUUGAUCCAAAACUCAGUAUUGCCAGUGGCGGCUGCUGGCGAGGUAGAUGAAGCUACUGCUUUCACUGCUGUUGAAGCUAGGAAACAUUCAGAUUUCUUAUGCCGAAACUACAUCUUGAAUGGAUUGCCGGAUGCACUGUACGAAGUGUAUAGUGUUAAGAAAACAGCUAAGGAAUUAUGGGCAUCGUUGGACCAUAAAUACAAAGCCGAAGAUGCUGGAACUGAAAAGUUCUUAGUUGCUAAAUUCAUGAAUUUUGUAAUCGUUGAUUCUAAAUUAGUUUUGAAUCAAGUGCAAGAACUUCAACUGAUCAUUCACGAAAUUCUUGCUGAAGGGAUGAUAAUAAGUGAAUCCUUCCAAGUGGCAGCCAUUAUUGAGAAAUUGCCUCCUACUUGGAAUGACUUCAAGAAUUACGUAAAGCACAAAAGAAAGGAAAUGCCAAUGAAAGACCUAAUUGUCAAACUUCAGAUUAAAGAAUACAAUAGAGGUAAAGAAAAGAGGCUCAACAAAGCAGCAAAUGACAAUGUUUUUAGGGCAAACAUCAUAGAAGUCAAGAAAAACUGCAAGAAGGGAAAAGAACAGCAGAAUGGGUCUAAACUAGGACCAAAAGGUGGUGUUUCCAAGAAGCAAAAAUUUUAA